UGACACUGGCAGUUCAAAAAAACAGGUUUGAUUUGAUGGGAACUCAAGUUAGCAAAAUUAUCCGGCCCACCACCACCACGAAAAUGGCGAACUCAGCGGAAAUUCAACAAUACAUCAAAGACACUAUUUCUAAGGAAAAAGUUGUUGUGUUUUCAAAGUCAUAUUGCCCGUACUGCACUAUGGCUAAAGAAGUCUUCAAUAAAGUAAAGCAGCCCUUCCAAGUGAUAGAGCUGGACCAGCGAGAUGACGGUGCUGAUAUUCAGGGCAACCUUGCUUCAAUCACAGGAAUCCGAACGGUGCCGCAAGUGUUCAUCAAUGGCAACUGUGUCGGCGGUGGCUCUGACGUCAAGUCCCUGCAUGAGUCCGGGAAGCUAGAAUCCAUGCUCAUUGGUUAAUUAACUAUUAUAAACAGAAGAAAUUGUUACCUCAACAUCAUUAAACCAGAGUUCAAAACAAUACCAUAGGUAUAUUUAAAAAAUACUGAUUAAAAAAGUACUUUUGCCAAAAAAACUGCUUAUUAUGUCUUUCUUUACAAUUUUAUUUUUGCAUAAAUCUUAGGAAGCUCAGUUUUUAGAUAAAACCAAUUUAUAGUCACUAUUGUCAAUGUGAUUCAUAAUUUAAUAAAUUAUUUGUAUAAUCUGCAUUAGCUUCUAAGUACAAGACAUCUGUUGUGAAACGAGUUUUUAAUAUCAACUUAAAUAUCGUCAGGUGACAACCAAAACUCACUAAUUGCACAAAAAAAAUGAACCUUAUUUUGUUACUAGCACGGUUCACUAUGGCUCUUAACUUGUGACAGUAAUUAGCUUGUGAGUUUUGGUUGUCACCUGACGAUAUUGUACUUGCCUACUUAUGCAAUUGUUUGAGUUGCCUUUAAUUUUUUUUAGUUGUUUUGUAUAAAAUUUUAUAUGCAUAAUUUAAAUAAACAAGCUACAAGUUA